GGAACAGGGCAACCGGGCCCGAGCGGGAGGAGCCCGCCUGACCAGAGCGCCCUGACUACGGGACGAUGACGGCGGGGAGCCCCGGAGCCCGCGGGGAGGCACAGAGCCCAGAGUCCCCCGGUCUGCCUUCGGCCCCAGCCCGAGCCCUCCGCCGCCUGGGCCGCCGCCGGCGCCUGAGCCGCCGCCGCUGCUCCCAGCCCGAGCUGCUAGGGCUACGGGCUCGGCUGCGGCUGCGCUCGCCGUCGGGGGCCUUCGCGGCACUGGGGGCGCUCGUGGUGCUGGUAGGCAUGGCUGUGGCCGUGGCGGGUUACUGGCCCCACCGCGCGGGGACGCCGGGGGCCCGGGCGGCCAACAUCUCGGCGCCGGCGGAGAUGCGACGGUCGGGCCGUCUCCCGGGCCCCUCCGAGAAGCUCAGGCUCCUGGGACCUGUGGUCAUGGGCGUGGGCCUGUUCAUCUUCAUCUGCGCCAACACGCUACUCUACGAAAAUCGCGACUUGGAGACCCGACGGCUCCGCCAAGGGGCACUUAGGGCACAGGCACUGCGACCCCCCGACAGCCCUGCCUGGGACAGCGGCAUCAGGACUGCCUUACCGCCUGGAGGGGGCUGGCAGCCCGAGAGAAGAGACUUCUCGCCCCGUCGGGGCGCUUCCCCAGUCCCGUCCGUGCGGAGCCUGCGUUCGGAGCCCCCGAGCCUCCGCCCGGCCCUGCCCGCCCCGCCGCUCACCAGGUGGUCACUGAGAGCCCCAGGGCCGCGGGGGGAGCCCUCCCCACCCUGGAGCCCGCGGGGCAGGCUGGGACACGUGGUCAUCGCCGUGCAGCCGCAGGUUCUUGCAGGGCACUCCAAAUCUCUGGACUUGGGGCGAGGAGGGGUGCUGCUUGGAACCCCGCCCGGCCGCGAUCGCACACAUCGCAGCUGGCCCCGCCUGGACCUGCUCAGCCUGGGCGGGUAUACCAAACUGGACGGCGGUGGGGACUUAGGGGCCCGAGUCUGAAGAGCUCCAGGCACAUGCUUCUAAAAGACUGCAGUGUGUGCACAACGUGGUGAGAGUAGGACAGAGGCGUCCGGAUGCCAUCACAGAGCAUCUUCCAGACACCGGAGUCAGCAUCUAUACCUUGAGCUCGUCCCGGGGCUUCCAUCGAACGAUCGAUCGUUGUUCUCCUCGCCCCAGUCUCUACUGGAUCUGACUCGGAGAGGAGAGAGUCCGAAGCCAAACCAGUUCUUCCUGCUCCGGGCCUGUAGCAAUACCUGGAGGAUGAAUUUCGGGAACGGGCCUGGAUUUGACAAGUUAUUUCUCUUGGCCCCAGCCCUCCACUGACCUUUGAUCUGCGAAGCUGCCUUCCCAAGCCACCCAGAGAGCCCUGUGAUGACAUUUGAACGAGGGUGGGGGGACGGGGACCGGGAGAAUGGAUAAAAUGCACUGCAGUUCAGUGGUUAUUCCUGGGACCGAGGAGUCCAUAAGUUGAGUUUGGGUGCCUCCUGCCUCUAUCUUUGCAGACGAUUGAUGUGCUUUGGGGAAAUAGGCCCAGUGCAAAGUCCCCAAGUCGUUUCCUGAGGUUACCCACCCCACCCCACCUCCAGUUUAUUCCUCUAGGACUGCAAUAGUACCACAGGCCCCAGUCCCCCCCACCCUUAAGGAAGCACCACCGCAGCUGCACAGGGGCCUAGUUCCAGUUGGCCUGGGAUAGUGGCUGAUUCUCAGAAAGCCUUUACCACUCACUUGGAAGCUGUCUUC